AGGUAAAUAUAGCUACCGCGCGUUUUCACCUGGUAAUAUUGUAAGAGCUGAAAAUGGAGGAUCGAAAAGGAAGACUGGAACUGUCUCUUUGUGUGUGCUGUAUUUUGUCAGUAUGUGUCACAUCUGGAAUAUCAGGGGUCGCUGGAGAGAUCAAAGAUGGAAUUGUUUUAACAGACCUACACAAGACAGUUCAGAGAGGAAACGACGUCGUGCUAAACUGUGAAUUUUACAAAGAACCUGUUGCCGUCUAUUGGAAGAAAGGGGAUGACCCUGAGGGUGGAGUUAACGUUGUAACGUGGGUGGACGGAAGAGAGUUCUCUGGAUACUGCAUGAACAAUGAGAGAUGUGGGAUUGGAACUACAAACUACUCACUGAUCAUCAGAGACGCCCAGAUAGCAGACCGAGGUCGAUACAUAUGCCGGGUUUCGAACUACCUUGGUAUCCUGAUUCACAACGUCACAGAUUUAAAGAUCUAUGCUCGUCCUGAUGAACCUUACCCAAUCAUCAACGAAUGCGAGACGAAUGGAGGUUCGUCUUCUGCUACUCGUACAGGAGACUGCAGGAUCUCAACCAACUCCACAGUUAUGAACAUCACAUGCUCAGCCUCCGGAUUCUUCCCGGAUGUUAACCUGUUCUUCCUACAUGGAUCUUCAAAAGUGAUUAACAUCGGGAGCAAUGGGUGGAAAAAUGAAGACGGUUCUAAGAGCAGAUCUAUAACAAUCAACGCAAGGGUUAGCGACAAACAAUACGUGUGCGUUGCGUCAGACAUACCUGGUUCCACAGAGGAGAAAACGGCGGGGGUAUAUAUUGAGAGUUAUUUUUCUUCUCCAAAAAAAUCAGACAAUGCAUCACGUUCAUUCGAGAAGACAACUGCCAAUCCAAAUGAAGCUGAGAUGAGGAGUGGCACAAAUCCUGCAAAGAUCGUUGUACCAAUAUUAAUGAUACUGUUUGUCGCCACGGCAAGCGUGGUAUUCUUGUGGCGGAGAUCAAGGAAACGGCUGGCCAGAAGUCACAUAGGUAAACGUGAUGUCGAGGAGUCAGAGUUAUUGAUGCAAAAAGUAAAGGUACAAGGGGUUGUCUCGUUUUAUGAACUGUGGCUACUGGCUUAUGACACUCCGAAUGAUGAGAUGGCAAAGGUAUAUACUGCUCUUGUUAAGCUGGGUAUUAAGAAUGUCAAGGGACAGAUGGAUAAAGGACUUGUGUAUGAUGCUCUUUGUAAAUGGAAAGAGAGAUCAUAUGCACGUGACCAACCACAGAUGUUAAGAGAUGCCUUAGAGGAAGUGGGCCUUGAAACUAGAUGGCAAGAGAUUUACGACCACGUACGGCAAGGCAAUGAUGUUACCAAAGUACCUGAAGGAACACUCGAACAAAUCCUGCUUGACUUGAAAGGCAAAAGUUCAAUAAAAAAGUUCCUGAAUAAUUUGUUACAACGUGAAAGUAAAGGUUUACAAAAUGAGAUAAUCGUUGUCGCCCAUGGCAGUGAAGAGGACAAAGGAAAGUCUGCCAGUGAAGAGGGCAACAUAGCUAUGGAAAACACAGCUUCCGUCAAAGAAAUCAGUGACACCAAUGACGGCGAAGGGAACAAUAAAGUCUCAGUUCCCGUCAAAGAAGUAAGUGACACCCAUGACGUUGAAGGGAACAAAGGAAACACAGUUUCCACCGAAGAAACCAUUGACGGUAAAGGGAACAAGGAAGACUCAGCUCUCACCAAAGAAACCGAAGACACCCGUGACAGUAAAGGGGACAAUGAAGACUCAGCUCCAGCCAAAGACACCCAUGACGGUGAAAGGAACAAAGGAAACUCAGCUUCCGCAAAAGAAACCAAUAACGGUAAAGGGAGCAAGGAAGACUCAGCUCUCACCAAAGAAACCAAUAACACCCAUGACAGUAAAGGGGACAAUGAAGACUCAGCUCCAGCCAAAGAAACCAAAAACACCAAUAGCGGUAAAGGGAGCACAGGAAACUCAGCUUCCGCAAAAGAAACCAAUAACGGUAAAGGGGACAAUGGAAACUCAGCUCCCACCAAAGAAACCAAUAACCCCCAUGGCGGUAAAGGGAACAAGGAAGACUCAGCUCUCGCCCCAAAAAACAAUGACAACCAUGAUGGUAAAGGUAACACAGAAGCAACAGCUCCCGCCAAAAAAAACGAUGACACCCAUGACGGUAAAUGGAGCAAGAAAGACUCGCAUCCCGCCAACGUAUCCAAGCAAGAAGAAGUCUUUCAGGCAAUUGAAGGGGUCGAAUACAGUGACGGCAUGCACAAGUUGAAGGAAUGGAAUAAUGGUCCUUUCAAACAGAAUCCGUUUGUUCUAGUUAGUCUGGCACUCGAAAGAGCAGGGUAUCUCCAUAUCUCAAAGACCUUCUUUGACGGCCCUGUAUCAUUUUAUGAACUUAGAUCAUUAAUGUACAACGUGAAUACACCUAGCCUAGAGAAGCUAAGAAAAACAAUUUGCAAGCUAGACAUGCUAGAAGUCGAUGCGACGAGUGCAGAUAAAUUCGGUCCACAACAAAUCUACGACUCGCUGUGUCAGUGGAAAGAGGGACACCCUCAGGUAGAUCAAGGAAAGAUAUUACAUGAUGCACUUUUAAGAGCCAGACAUGAGGAAGCAUGGUGGAAAAUUCUAGAGCAAAGAAAGGACAAAUCAAGUGUAUGUGAAAGUAUGUUCAAGAGAAUACUCCGUGAUAUCGAAGACCCAGCAAUGAUACAGCAGCUCCUGCAAAAGCUAGCCCCAGACUUGGCAAAAGAUGUGGGAACCUCACUGGAAACAGAUUUUAUGGAAAUAGCCUUGAAAGCACUGAAAGAAUGUAAUGAAAGUUCUCACAAUGAAAAUAGGAUGAUCUUGCUAAGCCGUGCCUUGGAGAAAGCUAAAUGCAAGCCAAUUGACAGGACUUUUCUCUCUGAAACAAUGUCCUUUUUUGAGUUGUGGUCAGUGGGUCAUUUCGACUUUGAUGCUGGUGUGAAAACGUUACCAUUACGUGACGCUUUGAAGGCGAUGGGAAUAUUUGGUAUAGAAGAGACAAUUAGUCAGCAUGAGCUUUAUCAUCUUCUUUGUAAAUGGAAGGAAGAACACUCUAAUUGCGACCAACGUCUGGUGUUCAAAGUUCAUUUGCUUAACGAAGGACUUUACAAGGAAUGGGAAAAUCUCAGUGAUCUGAUGUUUGGAACAGACCGGAUCAUUUCUAAUGAUACACUGGAACAUAUCUUGUGGCACUUGAAAACUCCAGGAAAGAUCAACCAUUUUCUUCAUAAGCUGACCAAUACCGACCAAGAACCAAUACCUGAAGAUUCAAAUCUACCAGAGGGCAUCGGAAUUGCUCUGACUAGAUUGGAGCUGUGGAAGAAGGGCCCCAUUGAUAAACAUCCUGUGAUUCUAUUAAGCGAAGCGCUGGAGUCGGCAAAGUGCUCUCACGUUGCCAUGACCUUCUUUCAAAUACCAGUUUAUCUCCAAAAGACUAUUGGGGAUGAAGAAGUAAGUGAAUUCAUCCGCAGACUUACGAGUAGGCAUCGCAAGCGAUUGGCAAACCAGACACCGGCCACUGAAGACAAUAAAAUAUCCAACUUUGCAGAGGAAAAUAAUGACAUGUUGUUUGAUGCAAAAUCUAUGGUUCGAGACUGGAUUGAAAGGGAGCAAUGCUGCAAUUAUGAGAAGAGAUGUAAUCUGGAUGACAUGUUGAUCGAAAUUGGUCGACAUGAUAUGACAGGUAAAUAUCCGAUCACAAAUAUUGUGAUUGACGUAUCAUAUAUGUAUUUGUGUCACUUGAAUAGUCUGUUCUUAAAUGAGAAGGACUAUCAUUUCAUUUAAUAGUAGCUAUUUCCCAUCGCGAUUGCACAAAUAUUUAUAAAUAUGUGAAUUAUCACAUUUAUGGAUUUUAAAUCUACCUCCUGUUAAGAUUAAACUCUCACAUUAAAGUAAUCUACUUCCCCAUAGUGCCACAUGCAGGUUAUUUUAUUGUACUGUAUACUUCAAAUUUGGGAACAUAAUCAUCCUGAUUUAAAAAUGCACGUCAAUAGCUUAGACACUAAUAAUAAUGAUCAUAAUGAUAACGAUAAUGAUAAUAAUGAUAAUGAAUAGUGAUGAUGCAAACGACGACGACAAUGAUAAUUAUAAUGAUAAUAAUAUUUGAAAUUAUUAUACGGUGCGCCCCCCCC